AGCCAAUCAUUAUUCAUAAAGACUCCGGGGGAGAGAGAGAGAGAGAGAGAGGCCAUGGAGGCGGAGGAGGAGCAGAGAACCCCACUUCUCCCUCAGCACUCACACCGAUGCCUCUCCCACUGCACCGGCAGCUUCCGCUUGAAAACCAGCCUCUCGUCGGAGCUAAGCGGUGCCGUCGGCGACCUCGGCACCUUCAUCCCCAUAGUGCUGGCCCUGACACUGGUGAACCACCUGGACCUCGGCACCACCCUCAUCUUCACCGGCCUCUACAACAUCGCCACCGGCUACCUCUUCGGCGUUCCCAUGCCCGUCCAGCCAAUGAAGUCCAUCGCAGCCGUGGCCAUCGCCGAAGGCCCGAACCCUCUCACCGUCGCCCAAAUUGCCGCCGCCGGCAUAUCCACCGCGGCCGUCCUCCUCCUCCUAGGGGUCACCGGCCUCAUGGCCGUUUUCUACCGUCUUAUCCCGCUGCCGGUGGUCCGAGGGAUUCAGCUCGCGCAGGGCCUCUCUUUCGCCUUCUCGGCCGUGAAGUAUAUUCGCUUCUCCCAGAACGUCUCCACCGGAAAAUCUGAGUCUCCGCGGCCGUUCCUCGGAUUAGAUGGCCUCCUUCUGGCUCUGUUUUCCCUGUGCUUCAUCAUCCUGGUCACCGGCUCCGGCUCCGGCUCCGGCUCAGGCUGUUGCAAUGGACCCAGCACCUCCAGCAACAGAACCAACAAUUCGGAAUCAGGACACGAGGACCGGAAAACCCGGCCGCGGAUUCCGGCAGCGUUGAUCAUCUUUUUUAUUGGGAUUGCUCUGUGCUUCAUCAGGAACCCUGCGAUCGUGAAGAACCUCAAGUUUGGUCCUUCCAGAAUUUCUCUCUUGGCGAUCUCAAUGGAGGACUGGAAGGUUGGAUUCUUGAGGGCUGCCAUACCUCAGAUCCCCCUUUCCAUCCUCAACUCAGUCAUCGCAGUCUGCAAGCUCUCCACCGAUCUCUUCCCGGAGAGCGGCGCCCACGUGUCGGCGACGACGGUGUCGGUGAGCGUGGGCGCCAUGAAUCUCAUAGGCUGCUGGUUUGGGGCGAUGCCGGUCUGCCAUGGCGCAGGCGGGCUGGCCGGGCAGUACAGGUUUGGUGCCCGGAGUGGGUUCGCGGUGCUCGCUCUCGGCUUGGUGAAGCUGGUGCUGGGCCUUGUUCUGGGGAACUCGUUCAAAGAGAUCAUUGGGGAGUUCCCGACAGGGGUUUUGGGGGUUCUGCUACUGUUUUCUGGCAUCGAAUUGGCAAUGGCUUCCAGAGACAUGAACACCAAGGAGGAGUCUUUUGUGAUGUUGGUCUGUGCCGCGGUUUCGUUGACUGGCUCCAGCGCGGCGCUUGGGUUCGGCUGUGGGCUCCUGCUGUUUGGUUUGUUGAGGGCUAGGGAGGUCGACUGGGUUGGGCCGGUGAGAAGGAGAGGUUGGUUUGGGAAAUCUUUAGGAGAGGAUUCUGCUCAAGCUGAAUAAAUUGGUAGUCGCUUGAUCAGUUGAAGAGCGACCUUGGAAUCUGGAUCUGCCAUCCGUUUAUGACAAUAUGAAUGUAUGUUGCAGCUUAAGUUUAUGUCAAUCUGGAUCUGCCAUGAAUUUAUUUCAACAUAAAUGCAUGUUGUAGCUUCUGUUUAUGUCAAUACGAAUAUAUGUUUAGGUGA